GCUUACUUCCUCGGAUGACAGUAUGGCAGAGAAAGCAGUUUGUUUUGUCAAGGCACUGCUCCAAAAGAGUCCUGCCAGUGAGUCUGUGGGACACCGCCUGCGAGCUGAACUUCUGUGCUUAUCUGUGGAGAAGUUCACUGACAUCUGGCACCAACGAACAGCGGCGACAGGCAGAUGUCUCUGGCAACUGCUUGACCUUGUGGUGCUGUGCAGGGAUUCUUCCUCAGAAGGCCUCAUUGUUGCUGAUGAGCUGAAGCUACUUUUCCAGAAGGUUAUGCAGCUGACUUUGGAGUGCGAUGUUUCACAUGCCAGCACUGUGCUUGCCUACUUCUUGUUCGUGCUCAAAGCUGUCGACAUGGAUACAAAUAGUGCCGCCUCUCUGCUGCUGUUGAGUGGCGAAUGGUUGGGAUGGCUGGAGUCGCAACUGGUCGCAGGCACUCCACAUGCUUGGUCACUUCUCGCUACUCUGGCCGCUAUUCAGCAACCUGCCAAACUUGUGAGCAAAGGCACUGUGCAUAUUGCCAUGCAAGACUUCCUGCGCGAACUUGUCCAUGUUGAUCCUGGUCGUGUGCUGCCUGCUUUGACGCUGUUACCAGUCUUGUUGCGUGGUACUUCAGUGGUGCAGGUGUCAGUGCGCUACUGUGACUGCAGCAGUAUUGCCUAUAUCCUAGCCACACAUAUCGCCAAGCAAGACACCUGGUUGCGAACUGCUGCGCUGGACUGCCUGGAGGUGCUGCUACCUCAUGCACAGCUGUUGGCCGAUGACGGAGGCUACCUGAACUCUCUCUCUGCCCACCCAUGGCUAAGCCACGUGCUGCUGCUCCGCUGCUCGAAUGAAGACUUUACCAGGCUGCUUAAUCUGCUGCUGGAGGGUGAAUUUGUUAGUGAGUUGCUGGCAAGCCACCUACCGCAGAUCACUGAAAGGCUGUGCCAGGAUGACAGCAGCUUGGCAAGGGCUGUUGCUGCCAAGCUGCUGUCCGGAGUAUAUAGCAGUCGGCUCAGCAUUGAACUUCAGGGACAACUUCGACAAUUGCUGUCCCCCAGCCAUGCCACCGUCAGCGACUAUCCAGAUGCGAGCGAUCUCACUCAGUGAGGUGCUUGCUUCAUCUACACCCACUUGCGUCCGCUUACUUAAGCAUAGCGCAGCUUUUCAUAUCGUUUCACAUGUUAGGUGAACAUGUUCAAACUCAUAGGCUAUAUAUUGUGUUUUUACAAUUUAUAACCAUUGCAUUUGUCUUGUCAAUGUCUUCUUUUUAACUGCAUUUUUACUACCUUUUAUGUCAGGACAAGAAGACAUGCUGUAGGACCUUGGGAUACUUUUUUCAUGUAUCCCCAAUAGUUGGGGCCCUCCGGUGCAUCUUUAUGAAUAAACA